CAUAUCUCCAAUUCUUCCUCCCGACCUCGCCGGAUCAUUCAUCAAUCCUCAAUCCAGUAAGUUCCGUAAACCACCAGACUGUGGACUCGGAUACACUUCGCUCUAUUUACUUUCCUAGAUCCACAUCUUAACCUUCGCCUCCUCCUUAUCAGUCUUCCUUCCCGGGUUCUACAACUUAUAUCAUUGUUCUUCUCUCCUCUUUCCACCCUGUCAUCAGUUGUCCCAUCUCCUCCUACUUCCCUACUACUUACUCACUAUUACUCCCUUUCCUCCCCGUGCGGAUUGUCCCCGACACCAGAUCGGUUCCCCUCCCCUUCUUCUCUCCAUCGCUUCCUCUAUCCUCGUCUAUCUUACCGGCCCGGUUCUCCAACGCCCCGUUUUUUUUCCUACCCUUUUUUUUUUCCUUCUUCCGAUUAUCCUUUCCCUUCUGUUCACUUUUCCUAAAAAAGAUAGCCCCACCUUAGCUUCGUCGAUUUUUUGAAAUCUCCCUCCCCCCCCCAUCGCUGGUGGUUUCUGGGAUCUUAUUUCCCUUCCCCUCCCCUUCUUCCUUCCUUCUUGUGCUUCUUGUAGAUGAAUCGCCUCCUUGCCCGUGGUCUACAUGACGCCCAGUUCCCCAGAUGAGGCUCUCCACUUUCGAGGCAAGACCCUAACUCCUGAGAGCCCUCGUCCGCUACACGUCGCGGAACCGACCAGUAUCCCGGUGCUGCAGAAUCAAAUGGACCCCAUCUUCAACGAUACCUCUACUUAUGAGCAGUCCCCUCGUGACUCUUUCGCCCCGGGCAAUUGGAAUUCCCAAGCGCAACAGAAUCAUAUUCCUCAGUCGCAAGGUCAUCAUGCGGGGUUGGGAAGCGUGACGACCCAGGAUCGGGACUAUGAGACGGGGAUGGGUGGAGGACGGCAGCAGCCACAAGAACAACAACAACAGCAACACCAGGCAAAGCGAGCACCGCAGCAUCCACAGGACCAAGGUAGUUCCCACAUUGGCUCUUUUUUCACGGCAGAUGGAUCGGCGACCUGGAGUUAUGAUCGAGUGUCGGUUCCAUCCAGUCAGCCUGCAGUUUCUAUGGAAUCCCAGAAGCCUUCAGCAGCACCAGCGGAAUCUUCUCUAACUACAUAUCCUCCGUCAGAUUAUGCCGCCUCCCAGCUAGCGUAUCCCUCCCCCGAUGUCCCUCCCUCUUCCUCUUCCCAUAUUACCCACGGCGUUUCCCAUGCGAACGCGGUAGACCCCGCAGUCACCACCAGCUGGGCAACCCCGUCAGCGCCCGGUCGCCUAGAUACUCAAGACUCCCACCGUGACGCCCGUGGGGAGGACGGUGUGGACUUUCAGAACCUCCUUGAUAACCUUCCACCCUCAUCGGCUGCCCCUUUUGCCCCCGCGGUCUCGGAGACGGCCCCCAUGUCUGCCCACGAUGCGGAGGAUCCCACUCAGUCUGCCCUCGGCCUCCCCCCUCGUCCCCCUCCCCAAGACAAGCCUUCCAUCCACCCCAAUUACCAUCCCGGCGACGAUAUUCGCUCCUAUCAUCAAUUUCAGCCGCCGUCGUCUAAUGUGCAGCCCACCCAAUCCACCCAGCAGAGUAAUCAUCCCCCACCCAAUGCAGGGCUGCCCGGGGCGGCGGCGACGGGAGCCCCCGGGACGAGCGCGGCCGCUAGUAACUUGCCGCCUCCCCCCGCGCCCAGUUUCCAGCAGUCGUUGCCGGCCGAGGGCCAAACGCCCCGAUCCCCUAAUAAUAAGAAUACUCGCGAGGAUAGACAAGCGAACCGUCAGCCCAGGGCGUCCGGUGAUGAUGCCCCCUGGGGUCCGGAGGUCCAGAAGAAAUAUGACGAGUUCCUGCAUAAUGAGCGGAUCUAUGUGACGGAGGGUCUAUGGGACCGUUUCCCGCACGGGUCGAGGUUGUUUGUUGGCAAUCUUCCCACGGAGAGGGUCACCAAGCGUGAUCUAUUCCAUAUCUUCCACAAGUAUGGCAAGUUGGCCCAGAUCUCCAUCAAACAGGCGUACGGAUUUAUCCAAUUCCUCGAGUCCGGCUCCUGUAAGCAGGCUUUGGAUGUGGAGCAGGGCGCCGUCGUGAGGGGGCGCAAAGUUCACCUCGAAAUCUCCAAGCCUCAGCGAAACACCCGGCCUGGUCCUGCCCCAGCGGAGCCCUCGCGGGCUCCUCCGCCGCGGCGAUCGAGGUCUCCGGAAUACACUCGCGGUGGCCCCGGCGGCCGCAAUCCCCGAGGCAGCGGAGACCGGUACGAGCGGGCGUACGAGUCUCCCCGCUUGCCGUUCAGCGACUUUCGCGACGAGCCGACCCACCGCAGACGUGAUGACUAUCGGCCUCCCCCGCGAUCGCCGUCACCACGGCCGUUCCGCGGACGGGAUGGAUACCGAUCCCGAGAUCGGACUCCGGAGCGCUAUGAUCGACGGGACAGGCGGCGCUCGCGAUCGCCGUUUGCGAGAGACCGGAGGUUUCGGAGUCCGAGCCCGCGGGGCCGUGGUCCGUACGAGGGGGAUUACGAACUGCCCGUCCCCAGGCGAGCUCCUCGUGACGUUCCGGAGGUGCAGAUUCUGGUCUUGGAGGAUGUCGAUCGCAAUUUCAUCUUUUUCGUGGAGAACGCCUUUCGCAAUCGGGGUCUUCGGGUAGAUGUCCUGGCCCUCGGGCCCCGAAUUCCGCUGAACGCGGCCGUCCAGCGUCAAAUCAGCGAGGGCGUGCUGGCAGUGGUCCGACUGGCACGACCGAACCAGUUCUCGAGGAAGAUCCCGCUGCAGGUGUUUGAUCGCAGUGCCGGGGUGGAUAACGUGCGGUUCAACGAGUACCCGGAUGUUGAGCCCAAUAUCGCCGCCGAAAUCGUCUUCCACGCCCAGUCGCUCCACCGCAGCGCGCCUCCGACUCCUUUCCCUCCUCCGCCUCCAGCUUUUGGGGUCCCUCCGAUGGCGCCGGCUCCGAUCCCAUCGACUCUGGUGCCGCCGGUGUCGAUGCCUCCGGCGUCGAUGCCAACCCUCAAUAACCCAGCCAAUGUGGCGAACCUCAUCACGUCGCUGGAUGGCCCGACCUUGCAGUCUUUGUUGAGUACUUUACAAACGCGGCCGCCGGCCGUUCCCGCCGCACAACCCCCCUUUACCGCGGCGCCCAAUGUUGGGGGCCCUUCCGGGGUGGAUCUCGCCAACAUCCUCACUGCUGCCACCCGCCAACCCCUUCCCGCCAACCCCCAGCAGGCAGUACCCCCGCAGCCCUUCCCACUGCCCCCGCGUAAUGUCCCGGCGGUGUCGGACCCGAAUCUGUUGGCGCUGCUUGCCAAAGGCUUGGGCGGACAGCCGCCGCAGAACCAGUCCCCGGUUGGUCCUCAUGUACAGCAUUUGAUGAACCAGCUGGGCAAAUGGAAGCAAUGAUUUACGAGAUUUUUUUUCCCUUCUCUUCUUCUCUCCUCGUUUCCUCUUUGUCUCCAUGAUUCCCAUGCAUUUCUUCUCUCUCUUUCCCUCUCUCCCUCUCCUCCUUUCAUUUGGGUCCUUCGCGGUCUUUUGCAUAUGGUGUCGGGCGUUGGUGAGUCAUUUAUGAUUGAGGACUUUAUGACAUGGGAUUCUGGCCGGCCAUCGAUAAUGGCUAUGAUGGCAUUGUUCGUUUGGUUUUCCUUCUCGAGCGCCCCUCGAGCGCGGUCUUGUGCUAGUAGUGUGUUAAUGUCUCGUUCGAAGCAUCAGACAUGCGCGUCUCGAAGGAAAAUGGCCUCUACCUCAAUCGCAUGGCGAAGUGUUAUUUGGCUUGCUUGUUUCAUGCUUGUUCUCUGUGUAAUAAUCUAGCAUCUAGCGUUUACUUGCAAAAUGGCACACAAGUCGGUAGUUUUGA